CUUGCCUGCCAGGCUUGCUUGGGGCUCAACGUCACAACCCCCCAACCCCGCGCUCGGGUCGAGGCUUUGCCUCGGGAUUGGCGGAGCGGUGCACAAUCUCCCUGCCUUUAUUAGCCCGAGGCGAGGGGAUUGGCAUCACCAUCACCGGCUGCUGAGGCUGACAUUUAUAAGUUAGGCAAUCAAGCCCGGCCGACCUCACAACAAUUGCCCGUCCUGUUAUCCAACCUUGCUCUGUCUACUCUGCUCCCGUCCGCCGUCCAAGCCCCAAUACCGCCAGUAUCUCCCUCCAACACCAGGACCGGCCAGCCAGCUCUCACUGCCCGCCCGCGCGAUGGCUGCCCGAGUACAGAGCUCAUCGCGAGCCAUGGGCGCUCUGCGGCCACGGGUUCUGCGUGCCCGCCCAGGCGCCAUCGCGAGUGUCUCAGCAAGGCCGUACUCGUCCUCGCCGGAGCCUGACCUGAAGACCACCCUGAAAGAGGUCAUCCCCGAGAAACGCGAGCUUCUCAAGAGGGUCAAGUCCCACAGCUCUGCCGUCAUUGGGGAGGUCAAGGUCGAGAACACUCUCGGCGGCAUGCGCGGCCUGAAGGCCAUGGUGUGGGAGGGCUCCGUUCUCGAUGCCAACGAGGGCAUCCGCUUCCAUGGCCGCACCAUCAAGGACUGUCAGAAGGAGCUUCCCAAGGGCAAGACUGGCACCGAGAUGCUUCCAGAGGCCAUGUUCUGGCUGCUGUUGACCGGCAGGGUUCCCUCCACCAACCAAGUCCGUGUCCUGUCGCGCCAGCUGGCCGAGCAGGCCCAACUGCCAGACUUCGUCAACAAGAUGCUCGACGCCUUCCCCACCGAUCUCCACCCCAUGACACAGUUCGCCAUGGCCGUCUCCGCUCUCAACUACACCUCCAAAUUCGCCAAGGCGUACGAGAAGGGCUUGAACAAGGCAGACUACUGGGAGCCCACCUUUGACGACUCCAUCAGCCUGCUGGCCAAGCUGCCCACCAUCGCCGCCAAGAUUUACCAGAAUUCGUACAAGGGAGGCGGCGCUCUGCCUGCCGACGUUGACCUGGACCAGGAUUGGUCUUACAACUUUGCCGCCAUGUUAGGCAAGGGUGGCAAGGAGAACGAGAACUUUCAGGAUCUGCUGCGCCUAUAUCUCGCCCUGCACGGCGACCACGAAGGUGGUAACGUGUCGGCCCAUACCACCCACCUUGUCGGAAGCGCUCUGAGCGACCCAUUCCUCAGCUACAGUGCUGGUCUCCAGGGGCUUGCGGGGCCUCUCCACGGUCUCGCGGCUCAAGAAGUCCUGCGGUGGAUCGUUCAGAUGAAGGAAGCCAUCCCGUCGUCGUACACAGACAAGGACGUCCAUGACUACCUUUGGUCGACCCUCAACUCGGGUCGUGUCGUACCCGGCUACGGGCAUGCCGUCCUGCGCAAACCGGAUCCUCGCUUCGAGGCUCUUAUGGACUAUGCUUCCGCGCGCCCCGAGAUUGCUGAAGACCCUGUUUUCCAGCUCGUCAAGAAGAACAGCGAGAUUGCACCAGAGGUCCUUAAGAAACACGGCAAGACGAAGAACCCCUACCCGAACGUCGACUCGAGCAGUGGUGUUUUGUUCCAUCACUAUGGCUUCACCGAGACGCUCUACUACACGGCCACAUUCGGUGUGUCGAGGGGUCUGGGUCCACUGGCGCAGCUGAUUUGGGAUAGGGCAUUAGGACUGCCCAUCGAGAGGCCAAAGAGCAUAAACUUGGCCGGAAUCUUGAAACAGAUUGAGGGCAGUUAAUCGCAAGAACUUCGCGGCGUAUGGGGUUUGUGCGGAAGAGGAAUUCAUAAUUUGAUCCAUGCCCUUCCCGCAGCUAGUGGUCCGCUGUUUUUGUCCCCUCACCGGACUGGCUCUCGUGAUAACACCCAACAACGACCGACUCCAGUUAUAGAUAUUUGAAUCCCACGCCGUUUCAGCCUAAGCACAUACAGCGAAUUCCACGGACAGGCAGAUAUGAGUUUUUCUGCUCCCUCUGGCUCAGACUUGUAACGGGGCGAUUGAUUAGGAUUAGGGGGGUGGGUUAGCAACAGCCAGCAGUACUUAGCAUAUUAUAUAUUCAGCCUCCUAUUUACCGUAAGGUUUCACUUCUAUAAUAUAUUUUAUUAUUAUA